UUGCCAAUAUUCCAAGUAUCAGUGAUAGUCAUUCCGUAACCUGUGUCCGCAGGCUUGACUGGAAAAGUCGAUUGUUAGCAGCUGUUAUCUGAAAUUUUUACAAUUAAUUAUAAAAGCACAACAAGUUUUUUUUCAAUCAUUAAUUUAAUUAGUUUACUUUGAUUGUUGACGUAACUAUAACAUAUCUAGUUGACUGUGUGGUUGAUGUCAAUCAUUCUAUCAAUGAAGAUUCGAAAAUAAAUAUUAGAAGGCACUAAUUUGCGAGGUUAUUAGCUUAUUAGUCAGGGAUGCCGCAAAGGUAUUAUUUAGCCACUUGAAACGAGGAUGACACGAUCCGUGCUAGGACAAAAUAAUCAUCCUUACCCUCGAUUUAGACGUUGUCGUCGACGUCGAAGACGUUCGGCCUCCAAAGUUAUUUUUGAUAGAAAAAUAAACCAAAAUGCUUACAGAAAUGGUUCGACUAUCUUAUCAGCAUCGAGCAUUUUAUUGUUACGUUAUUCUCAGUGUUUGGAUUUUCCUUCUGGUUGCCGGUAUGUACAAGUACAUAGGAGGCAACGAAAAAAGCUCCCUCCAAGGUAAACCACCGAGUGACCUGCCAAUCCGAGAGUUUGCUAGACACCUCAAACUCGACAUUAAAAAUAGAAAGAUAUUUAAACUUUGCAAUUCGCCGGAUGACAUUAAAACUGGAGCAGAAGGUAAAAUUGAUGGUAACUUAACACUGGAAGGUAUUUUAGUCUUUAUUCGCCAUGGUGAUAGAGGACCAUUAUCCCAUAUUCGUAAUAUAAGUACCGUAAAUUGCGCUGCAGACUUUAGCUCAAGCCCAAGGCUGGAUAAUAUUUACCAAAACUACCAAAGUUUCAUUCAAAACUCCACAACUUACACUCAGUCGGCUUGGGCACAGUUUCUAGGUCCUUUUCAUGGAUUUCCCAUGCUUCCUUCUAAUUCCAAAGAAUGCAAAAUAGGCGAACUCACGACUUUGGGUAUCGGACAACUUCUCAAGACUGGGAUGCUUCUCAGGAAUGCUUACUUCAACAAAUUAAACCUUGGAAACACCACAAUAUCUUCUAAAGAUGUAGUUGCUUAUAGUACAAGAUAUAGAAGAACUGUUCAAAGUGCCAUCGCUCUUCUCUACACAUUUUUGGAGAAUGACGUCUUCCAGAACCUUGCCAAGAUUACAAUGCGUGAAAGUUCUAGUCUUGCAUUUUGUAAUGCUGAUUGUGCCUGUCCUGUUGCUGAAAAAUAUUUGAAACAAUAUUAUAAGGAAACUGGUGAUCGUUUGAAAUCUCAUCCUGCUGUGAUGGAUCUUAUCAAACAGACGUCUAAUAUAGUGUUCGAAAUGCCCGACCAAGCACAAACAAAGCACCCUUACACCCUAAGGGAUGCGUUGUUAACCUACAUAUGUCACGGAUCGUCGCUUCCUUGUAUAAACUACGAAACCCAGAGGAUUUGCGUCAAGACUGAACAUGUCACUGGGCUUUUUGCUUAUACUGAAUGGGAAUCACGUUUGAAUAUCAAGAGUACUAGUCGACGAAAAUAUGGACUUUUAAAAGCCUAUGGUCUGUUAAGAAAUGUUGUUUCUCAUAUGGUUCAAAUGGUCUCUGAAUCGAAGCCAAAAAUCGUGCUCUUUUCAGGGCAUGACAAAACUCUUGAAUAUCUUGCAAGUGCUCUUGGCAUUGUUUCUGACUAUGCAAUUUUACCUAACUAUGCUUCCCGCUUUGUCAUUGAAAUAUGUCGUGCUAAUCCUAAGAAUGAAAAUCACGAAGCACAUGAUUUUUACUUUCGUGUCAUUAUUAAUGGUAAAGACGUUACACAGAUGAUACCUUUUUGUAGAAACUCAAAUCACUACAGUGGAAGUUAUGGCGAAAGAAAUGAUGAUGGCGAUUAUAUGAAAAAAGAAUACAAACUUUGUCCAAUUGAAGCAAUUAUUAGACAAAUACAUGAUGAUUAUUUUUUGCCAUUUAACGCUACCAACUUUAAAGACGCUUGUUUGAAUCAUUGAUAAUUGACCAACUUCGCAAAAAUAAUUUUGGCGCCAAAAAUUUUUUUUAAAGUUAUUAGGCAAACUUCAAAUUGAUUUUGUUUGUAUUCGAAAACAAUUUAAAAAGUGAUAUUUGAAGAUUAAAUUUUUUUACAAGUAAUUCUUGAAGUAUAGAAAAGAACAGAGAGGUAAAAAAUAUGCUAAGGAAAUUUUUUACUCGAUUCCACUCCGAAAAAGAUUAAUUUUUUUAAUAACU